AUGGAGAAGGGGCUCGGGGGCUCGGACAGUAACUGCGGGGGGGGCUCCAGAAGCCGAGUCGUGGGGUCAGACCCCGGCCCGGGAGCCCCAAAGCCCCGUCCGGUCAGGGCUGGGGGAGGGAGCCCGAGUCCCGGCUGCGUGGGCCUUGGAAACAAGCCGGCGGGGGCGGGUGGGGGCCAAGGCCCCUGUUUUGGGUGUCGGAAGCCGAGAGGGAGCCGAGCGUCCGCGGGACGCGACGCUUCACGCAGAGGCCGAGUCCUGCGGCGGGGGAGGGUGAAACCGGGCUCGUUCGGCCAAUUUGGGGGCUUCAGACCAGGAUCCUUCGGCCAGUUUUGGGUUCCUGAACUGGAGACCAAGUCCUGUGUUUUGGAGCUCAGAAGCGGAGACCAAGUCCAGCAUUUGGGGGCUUUAAACCGGGCUCAUUUGGCCAAUUUCAGGUUUCUGAAAAGAGAGACUAAGUCCUGCGUUUUUGGGCUCAGAGGCAGAGCCCAAGCCUGGCAUUUCAGGGCUUCAAUCCAGGCUCAUUCGGCCAAUUUUGCGUUUCUGAAAAGAGAGACUAAGUCCUGUGUUUUGGGAGUGUGAAACCAGGCUCAUAUGCGCAGUUUAAGGGCUUGACAAGAGAGACCAAGUCCUGCAUUUUGGGGCUUCAGUUGAGGCUCAUUCGGCCGGUUUUGGGUUUGGGAACUGGAGACUAAGUCCUGCAUUCUGGGGCUCAAAACCAGGCUCACCUGGCCCAUUUUGGGGCUUCAGACCAGGCUCCCUGGGCCAGUUUCGGGUUUGGGAACUGGAGCCCAAGUCCUGUAUGCUGGGGCUCAGGCCACAUCCCCCGUGUCGGUGCAUGAAAAGCAGAGCCCCAGCCCCGCCUCGCUGGGACCGGGCCCGGGCUCACGGGGGCAGCCGGAGGGUCGGAAGGCAGCGAGCGAGCCCGGCCUCCCCGGGCUCCGGGGGCUUGAGGCCGGGCUCAGCUCACUUGCCCGGUGCUGGGGCUCAGGAGACAGACCCGGCCCCGGGUUCGGGGGCUCAGGACCGGCCCCCGUCGCUGCUGCGGGGCCGGGCGGCGGAGCCCCAGCCCCGCGGGUUCCCGGGGAGGGUGCGGGGGGAGACGGCGCUGCCGGAGGAGCCGGGAGGCCCCUUCCCCGGGGGUCGGAGGGUGCGGCGGGACCCGGGCAGACGGUGCCGGGGCAGCCCCAGCCCUCGUCCGGCGUCUGCGCGGAGCCGCCGAUGCCUGUUCCGGGAGACCGGCCCCGGCAGAGCCCCGGCGGGAGCGGGAGAGGCGGGACUUGGGCCGCCGGUCCCCGCUCGGCCCCGGAGCGCGGCUCCUCCUGCCCGCGGCGCCGGGACGGGGAGGGCCAGGCGGGGCUCGGGGCUCCAGAGCGGCCGGUCCCCCGGCUGCUCGGGGCGGGAGAGAGCCCCGGGCCCCGCACCCCGCCCGGCCGGGGCUCCCCCGCCGGCACCGCGCGCCCGCGAGGCCCGGCCCCGGCCUCCCC